GCAAGCUCUGCGUGAAGGCUGCCCCGCGGCCCCAUUUCGCCCGUCGUGCCCUGCGCGGCCCCAUUUCGCACCGCAUCGAUCAUUUAAAAAGUCGCAGCGCCCCAUACAAUGGCCAAGAAGCGCGCCCACCAGCUCCUCGUGAGCAUCGAAUCCCUCAUAGUGCUCUGGCUGGUCUGCAGCGGCGCGGAUGGCUUCCUGACGAGCACGGCAGCCGGCCGCACACUACUCGCAUUUGCGGCCUUCGGCAACCUCGCUCCGCAGCAAUUCCAAGAUUUCUGCAAGACGGGCCGAUGGUUUAGCGCCGACUUGGUGCUGGGCACAAUAGCACAAACAACCGUCGCCGCGCGGCACCUCGGCAGCCGGCCGGCCCUCGACGCGUGCGCGCUCGUGGCGUUGUUCGGGCUCAUGCAAUUAUUCUGGGCGAACGGCCUGAAUCUGUGGUGGGACUUUCAGUUGGGCGCGGACAAAGUCGCGGGCAACGAGGGUGACGACAAGCGACUGGCCGAGGGCAAAGUAUCGCUCCAAAAGGUAACGCGGCAGACGCGCAGCAUGGGACUUAUUACGACCAUUCUGGGUAUCUGCGUCGUGCGGCGCUGUCGCUCACAAGUCGCCGCGACGCUCCUGUGCACUACUACCUCUUUCCUACUGGCUGGCUACUCGACGCCGCCGUUGAAAUUCAAGUACCGCGCGCUCGGCGAAGUAUGUCUGUUCGUGUGGGCUAUGUGUCUCAAUGCGCUGCUGGCGCUCGUGGCGCUUGAUGUAAAUCCGCUGUCGCCGAAAUUUGUGGGCGCCUCGGCCGUCGCGGCGCUUCUGCGGGCCUAUCCGAACUUUUGUUUCAACGUCCGCGACGCCAAAACGGACGCUCGGGUGCCGGGCCUCAGAACGGUCGCGAUCCUACUGGGAGAAAAUGGCAUACGACGCGCCUACCGGUGGUCCGUCUGCGUCGUGCUCCCGGCCUGCGCGGCGGUGCUGGCGUGGGUUGCUCAAACGGUGUCCGACGAUCGAUUAACGGGCGGCGCGCCGGUGCUCGUUUCGAUAGGCUUGGUGCCCCACGGUGUCGCCGCGCUGCGCGAGCCGGUCGAGUCCUGGGCCUUCUACGACCACACGCAGCACGUGACGGCGCUCAUGUUGUGCGUGCAGACGGCCCAGCUCCUUGUAAGCUAACACUACUC